GCAGCCUCGCUCGCGUUCUCCCUUGUCUCUCCCUCUUUCUUGCCGCCAUCGCGCUCCUUUCUCCUUCCUCAGUGGCUAACGGCUCUUUGCGCAUCCCCUGCUCCAAGACCGAUCACUUGAAAAAUGGCAUCAGAUGAAGGAAAGCUCUUCAUUGGAGGACUCAGUUUUGACACCAAUGAGCAGAACCUGGAGCAGUUGUUCUCCCCCUAUGGAGACAUUGCAGAAGUUGUGGUGGUAAAAGACAGAGAGACUCAGCGGUCCAGGGGGUUUGGCUUUAUUACCUAUUGCCGCCCAGAGGAUGCAAAGGAUGCCAUGAGAGCCAUGAAUGGAGAGUCUGUGGAUGGCCGUCAGAUCAGAGUUGACCAAGCUGGCAAAUCUUCCCGUGGCUCUUCAGGAGGCAGAGGCCGUGGCCGUGGAUUCUCUAGAGGAGGUGGAGGAUAUGGAGGUGGCCGUUAUGACAACAGAAGCGGUGGCUAUGGAGGAUCCAGAGAUUACUAUGGCAGCAGGAAUCAAGGAGGCUAUGGAGACCGUUACUCUGGGAGCUCCUACAGAGACAACUACGAUAACUAGCUUACACCGAGCAUAAAUCCUUCCUGAAUCAAGAUCGUCCUUCCAAUGGUCGUAUUUAUAAAGAUUUUUGGAGCUUCGCUGAAUCUUGUUUAGUUCUCUACCUGUAUUUCCCUUUUUUGUAGUCUUUAUCAUGAGCAGCCCACCAGCUUCUGCGACAGGAUGGCCUGUUAGAUCUUUCUGGAGGAAAACAUUUAAUUUGCCUUUUUUUACAGGAGUGUUUAAGCAUUUUGAAUACAUACGUGCUUCCCCUGCCCUCACAUUCUUUUAACAAGCUAGGAUGGGGGCUCUGACAUUUAUUUGACAUACAGUUUCCCAGAAUCUGAACAAGGUGUAAAGAUCCUCCUUGUUUUUAUAAAUGCAUUAAUACCUUGUAGUUUUGUAAAAGUCCUAUGGUGUAGCGAGGAAGGGGUAUGGUGGAAGGCAAACCCCUUCAUUAUAAAGGGAGUCUCAUUUGUUUGAUCUUCAGAAAUCAGAAUUUAUACUGUAUGAUGUACCUAGAACUGAAGCUUGCAGAACUUGCAAGUUGUUCUUGAAAAAUGUUUGUUUAUAUUUUUUUUUAAACUGGAAGACUCACAUGUAACUCGAUAUUGUACUAAAAGUGGUUAAGGAAUUCCUGUAUUCAGUUCUUUGGCUUCACGAAGCCUAUUAAAUGCCCUUCUGAAAAAUUAA